GUGUUGAUGUUUUACUAAAAUGGCGUCAGCGGCUCUAGUUGCGACUUCUUCGGGCAAAGAUGCGAUCGCCGAGGGGUUGCUGGACCUCCUGAGACCGGCUGUUCAGCAGCUCGACCUGCACGUGCACUCAGUCAGAGAAAGCCAGGUAGAAUUAAGAGAACACAUAGAUAAUCUGGCCACAGAGUUAUGCCGGAUAAAUGAGCAUCAGAAGGUGGCUUUAGACCUGGAUCCUUAUGUGAAGAAGCUGCUGAAUGCAAGACGUAGAGUUGUGCUAGUAAACAACAUACUACAGAAUGCUCAGGAACGUCUGAGGCGACUCAACCACAAUGUGGCCAAGGAGACAGCGCGAAGAAAGACCAUGCUGGAGGCUUCAGGAGUGUUCACCUCCCGCUCCCCCAGUAAACCCUGAGCCGCUGCUUCCUGCUUUGUGAAGAGGGACACAGGAAACUGUAACAUGAUGAGUCUUUCUUCGCCAUUUAGUUAACCGUUUGUCUAAUGACGUACUGAUGUCCUGCACUGCUUUAUGUGAUGUUGUCGUAAUAAAAAUCCUGGAUGCUAUCUGUUUACCGUUAGGCAGCUGCAAAAUGGCAAAAUACAAUAGAAUCAGCUUUACAGGUGCUUUUCACAGGGUUCGUACAAGGUGCUUGAAGUGUUUGAAUUCGACACUCUAUCUAUCUAUCUAUAAAGUACUUGAAUAUAAUUGAGAGGAAAACAGGAUGAUGAAUAAUUUUAUUAAAUGUAUUAGAUAAUUGUGUUAAGCUGUGGUUGCAGUUAUUUUCUAAUGCUGUGUUAGUGCAAAUGGGUCGGUUAACAGCAGUAAAUACUCGGCACCGGCCUGCAAAACAGCCAUACUGAAGCAGCGUGAGCAGUUAGCAUGAGUUCUGAUCUGUAUUUUGGCAGUGCAUAAGCAGCAAUUAUUAAUAAUAAAUUGAUUUUAGGCACUGGUAGCAUGUGGUUGCUCCAUUUACAAAUUUGCACAAUUUUCUUGUAACAGAUAGUUACGGUGAAAACAGUUUCUUAAAUAAAAAUGAGUGCUUAAAAAAAGUACUUGAAAAUCCUUGAAUUUGAUUCGCCCCUGUCUGUACGAACCCUGUUAUCAUCAUGCUAACGUGUCUCCUCCCCACUAACGUCAAUUGUGUGUCUUCCUCUCAUCUUGGCUGCUCCUAGCAAGGGAGUGAGUGAGAGAAGUGAGAAUGAAAGUGCCGAAACUGCCAAAUGAGAAAUUAUUGAUUCUAAGUGGCAUCAGAAGAUGUGUCUAAUGGCUAACCAGAAUGCAUUGGAGUACUGGUAACUGUUUAUCAUUUAACUGGUGAUGCCGCACUGUUACUGGUGUUUUUGUGAUCUGCAUUGUGUUCUGCAACAUUUCUAUUCUUGUUUACAUUUUUACGUUGUAAAAUUUGUUAAUACAAGUAAAUGCAGUUACACCAAAA